CGGCGUUAUUUUGCUCUUGGACUCACCAUCACACUGUUGUAACGACAUAUGUCAACGAUGGUCAAAUCAUUGUUACUGUGGUCUUGAGUCGGUUUUCCUACAUGUUUUUUAUAAUUUGACUGCAUUGUUCAUUGUGUCCGCUUAAAUAUCACAAUGAAAAGAGCCAGUAUGGGGGAUUCCACUGAGCCGAAACUGGACUUUACUCUGAAAGAGCUAACUCUCUCCAGUAAGUCCGAAGAUGCCGAUUUGCCCGGCAGCUCGUCCACUGUGGAGCUGCGGACCAACAAACUGGUGUGUGUGGAGUAUCCGGCGGUUGUCACCAGGGUGAACAAGAUGCUAGAGACUCUCGGGGGUGAACAAGCAGUGUCCAAAACAUUCGCUAACCCCAACAGACGCCUUGAGCUGCGUUACCGACCUCGGGACCCUUUCUGUCACCCUCUCUGUGGAAACCGCUUCUCCUCAAGCAACCUCCUCCUCAGAGUGCGGCGGCGGGUGCGGAAAAACAACCCAAAGGACGCUGAGAUCAGCAUGGAUAUACUUGGAGUCAUAGGAACAACAUACAAAUUCCAGGGGCUGGCAGACUUUCAGUACCUCGCUGUGCAUUCAGAAGGGGGAAAAGAUGUGUCUUUGUACGACAAAAUCAUUCUCCAAAAAGUAGAGAAUCAAGAGUUCUUUGAGAGGCCCAUGCCUUACUUUCUUCCACCGGCCAUCUUCUCACGUCUUGACAGUCCUGUCGAUUAUUUCUACCGGCCUGAAAUCCAGCCAAAGUCAAACACUGGCCAGAUGCCAUUCAACAAGAAGAACGUAAUUGGUUUGACUCGUGCUCGCCGUCCCCAUAACGCAAUUUUUGUAAGCUUCGCUGAUGCCACUGUGCCCAGCGAGUGCCUCGAGGCAGCUAGGAUCAACUGGAAACGAGUCUGCCAGAAGGAGCAUGACAAGCAGGCUGAGGAGCAUCUGAAAAAGAUGUUUGAGAGUCGGCCCAUCUGGUCACGGAACGCUGUCAAGGCCAACAUCAAUAUCCAGCCUGAUAAACUGAAAUUGUUGCUGCCCGUCUUGGCCUACUACAUGGUGACAGGGCCAUGGAGAAGUCUGUGGGUGAGGCUGGGCUAUGACCCCCGAAAAAGCUCAGAGUCCAAGAAAUACCAACUGCUGGAUUUCAGGAUCCGCUGUAGCACCAAGCACGGAUAUUCAUUAUCAGACAUGCCAGUGAAACCCAAACGGAGUGCCCUUAACUACAAUCUGCCUAUCACAGUCAACAAAGCAUGUCCCCAGCCAGCUAGUGUGAUGGAACUUCCAGCUCAGGAAGGUCCAAGCACCAGUCGAGAGCCAGUCCCAGUCUCAUACCAGCUGAAGGAGUCAUCUUACAUUUUCAGGGAAGGCAUGCUGCCUCCCCACAGACAGAUGUUUUACCAGCUCUGUGAUUUGGAUGUGGAAAGUAUCAAACAGGUAAUAGAGCAUAACAGCGGUAAUGAGCAGGCAUGUGACGAGCGGGACGGCUGGUGUCCACUUGGCACCAAAGACAAACUGAGGGACAUAAUCUCAGCCAUGAUCAAGAAGGUCAUCCGAGCCCAGAAACCAGCAUUGCCGGAAAUCUCCAAGAAACGCAGACGCAAAAGUCUUAGUUCCAAAUCCCCAGGGAAUGAUGUGGAUGCAGAGGAAGAGGUUCAAGACUAUGAGUACAAAGAUGAUGAAGAGGAGAAUGAGGAAGAUGACUUUCAGCCAUCAGAGGGAAGCGAAAAUGAGAUGGAGACAGAAAUGCUGGAUUACAUUUAACAAACACUGUUGAUGACAUUAGUCUUGUAUGUUAAUAUUUUUUUAUUAUUUGUUUCUGUAAGAGGUGACUUGUUUGAGUUAUUUUUUGAUUAAAAAGUAAAUAAAUUGGAA